AUGACUCAAAGGGAAAUAGGGUACGCACAGGUUCGGCUUAUUGUCCCGAAGAUGAUUGUUACUUCUUCGAUAUGGAUUUGGCUCUUGAUGAAGAAGGAAACAGUUGGCUUCCUUCUCUCAAGGUCUGACUAUGGGAAACUAGGUUUGGCUGCUGGGGAACAGUGGUCAAAGAAGGCUGCCAGUUUGUUUGUCUUCGAGGAGCAGGUCAAGUUCCCGUGGAUCGAGGUGACAGAAGACCACACUCACGCCCGCUGCAUCACCACACAAACUAUGCAACCCACAGCUAAUAUGAGACCACUCUCUUUAUCCGACAAGGACAAACUAGCUACUGCAUAUGGUUGCGCCCUCAGAGUGAUUACUACAUUGCUCGCACGGGCGGGCGUCUUCCUCGUUUCUCUGGGUGCUGACGGUCACGCCGGGGCAGUCAUACAGAUUGAGAACUGGGUCGAAAGUAUGGCAAACAGUCAGAAAGAUGAUCAGGCGGAUCAGGUGAAGAGUGAGCAAGGAGAAGAGGAUGACGUGACUUCACCUUAUACUCCACGGCGCAUCGCCAAACAAGGUACAAUCUCCGUGUCUGGGACCCUACCCCCGCCGCAGCUAGCCCCGCCGUGCCAUACGGAGUGUCUACACCACUGUCGGGGCUUCCACACGCUCCGCCUCACUUCACAUCGCUGUUUCGACAUGAAAUUCAAAACGCUCCUUUAG